CUUGGCAAUAAUACGUCAAUACGAAGUUAGAAUAAUCUUAUAAAAUCUUUUGAAAAAGAUAAAAUUACGGGGAAAAUGGACAUUUCUUUACAAAAGUCAAGUGAAAGAAAACAACGUUACAAUGGUAUUCUGGACUAUUUAAAAAAAUGUGAUAAAAAAAAUAUGUCAGCAUCCGAUUUGGAGGAGCUGAACCAGAAUAUUAAAAAUAAUGAUGAAAUUCAUAAAGAAGGUGCGGCAGCAAUGGAGGAGAUACGCAACAACAACGCUGAGAGCUUAAUGGAUGCUCACGUUCUAAAGAAAUUUCACGAGGUGGUUUCGAAUGUUUUGCUUGUAAACUCCGAAUUCAACGAAACGGUAAUUCCAAGUUUUAUUUCAAAGAAAUCUUUGAUCAAUCAAGGCAGAAACUCCGACUGGAAUGUUCUGGGUGAAAUAGCUACAAAUGUUUCCCGUAGUCUUCAAAUCAAAACAAGCAUGUUGGGGGCAGCAGAUGUCGAGCCUAAAGAACGCGCCCUGAAAGGAAGACAGAAACGCUGCCAAAAACGACUGGCUCGAGAACAACGUCCAGAGAAUGUGGGAAAAUUACAACAAAAAGAGCGCUGUGCUCAAAAAGUCAAUAUACUACUUAGGCAGUUAAAUAGUUUAUUUAAAGCAAACAAUUAUGAACCAAUACCUUUUUAUAAACUCAUCAUAGAUCCCAAUAAUUUCAUGAACACCGUUGAGAAUGCCUUUCAAAUGUCUUUUUUGGUGCGCGACGGUAAUAUUGCUAUUGAAAGGGGUGAAGAUCUAUACCCGCAAGUACGCAUUGCGAGAAUGAGUGAGAUGGAGUCUAUAACUGACACCACACAGGCAAUUUGUUCGCUAAGUAUUGAAUUCUGUGAGGACAUGAUACGUCUCUAUGGAAUAAAAGAACCUAUGAUUCACUUACCAAAUUCAUUCGAUGAUGAUGAGUCGUUAGAAAGUGACCAUGAAGAUAUGUAGUCAAGAAAUGCGACUUUCAGCUUUUUAUAUAUAAAAUAAAUAAUUGGUUUUUUGUGAUGAUUAUAAAUCUUUAGAAAGUGACUACGAGAAAAUGUAGUCUGAAAAUGUGGCCUUAAGCUUUUUAUAUAUGAAAUAUAUAAAAUAUCUUGUUUUUAAGUAAAUAUUUUAUUUUUAUGUGU